AACACAACAUAUUUUCCAGCUUAGGGUGAAGGCCCAAAGUUGACACGAAUUUAGAGAAAUUUGAGAAUCGUUUAUAAAAGGAUUAAUAAUUAAUUUAAAUAUUGGCACAAUGGAUAUUUGCUUUGACGAAAUAAAAAAGGAAUUCCAGAUUGGAAUUAUAGGAUUUGGGGAUAUGGGUCGCCUUUACGCAGAACGAUUCAGUCAAGCUGGAUGGAUUGUUAAUGUGUGUGAUCGGAAGGAAAAUUUCGAAGCAGUAAAGGAGAAAUGCGAUGGAACCACAAUAAAUGCCCUGCAAGAUGGGUUUCAGGUUUCAAGGAAGAGUGAUUAUAUUCUAUAUAGCGUCGAGUCUGAGUAUCUUGAUCGCAUCGUUGGUAUGUACGGACCAGCAACGAAGGUGGGUGCCAUUGUCGGAGGACAAUCGUCCUGCAAAUCUCCUGAAAUUCGAGCUUUUGAAAAGUACCUUCCGAAAGAUGUCGAAAUUAUUUCCUGUCAUUCAAUGCACGGCCCAAGGGUAAAUCCUCAAUCUCAGCCAUUAGUGAUUAUUCGCCAUCGUGCAAAGGAUAAAAGCUUCAUGAUCGUAAGAGAAAUUCUUUCUUGUCUUCAAUCUUCAGUUGUUUUUUUAUCAGCCGAAGAGCACGAUCGGAUCACUGCAGAUACUCAGGCUGUAACUCAUGCUGCAUUUCUCGCAAUGGGUAUGGCAUGGCGUGCGAACAAUCAAUAUCCCUGGGAAAUAAAUCGCUGGUGCGGAGGUAUUGAAAAUAUAAAAAUGAACUUAUCUAUGCGAAUUUAUUCUAGUAAAUGGCAUGUUUAUGCGGGUCUUGCUAUUUUUAACCCUGAUGCUAGGAAACAAAUUAAGCAAUACGCGACUUCAGUCACUGAUCUUUUCAAGCUUGCUAUAAGUGGAAAGGCACAAGAAUUUGAAAGUAGAGUACGUACAGCUGGAAAAUUUGUAUUUGGCGAACAAUUUACUGCCUCCUCGAGUGGAUUAUUGUUGAGUGAUGAGCUUCUGGAUCAAUACAGUAUAUCUAAUGUUCCUAAUGACAAGUCCGUCGGUAAUAGUCACCUAAGCAUUUUAGCAAUUGUUGAUUCUUGGUGGAAAUUAGGAAUUCACCCUCAAAAGCAUAUGAUAUGCUCAACUCCAUUGUUUCGACUUUGGGUUGGCGUAUCAGAAUAUGUUUUCUGCAAUCCCGACCUUUUGACCAGCUGCAUCUACACAGCUACUAAGCACAAUGAAUUCUGUCCUGAUGAUUUGGAGUUUGUAAUUUCCGCAAGAUCAUGGUCUGAACAUGUUGAGCAAGGUGACUUUGAAAAUUACAAAAAACAAUUUAUAAAAAUUCAAGAUUAUUUCCGACCUAGAUUUGAGGAGGCAACAAAAGUGGGCAACGCCAUGAUAAAAAAGCUUCUUGAAAACCUCAAAAAAACGGCAUAAGCUGAUUUACAUAAUAUUAUAAGUCUUCAAUGUUGGUUGUUUUAUAGGUAUAAGGAAAAAAAAAAAAAAAAAAAAAAAAAAAAAAAAAAGAAUGCUCUUAAACUAGCUCUGAAAAGGUUGGACAGUGAAACACAUACAAAUCGACAGACUUUAUUCAUUCCGCUAUGGAAACAUUAAGUAUUAGGAAGUAAACGAUG